AUGGGAACAGACCCGUUGACGGCAUUCUCUGCUAUGAAUACCGCUGUGCCCAACCCUAAGCAGGACCAUAAUCUCUUUCGUUGCAGCCUGGACAUUGCUCCCGCUUGUUUCGCCACAGGUAAACCCUGCAAGGGAAUCCUAAGCAUGGCUUCAACUAUGGAUAUCGAAGAAAUGGGAAAUGGGCGUCAGGCUGCUGAGCUCUUGCGUCUCAUGGGAAAUUCCUUCCAAGAGAAGGACAACUGCGGUGAAAGAUUCAUUUUUGGAUAUCACCACAAGUUUGCUGCUGGUAUCUACCUUGGUUCCGGCUUAGGCAAACAAACAGCCGAGCUCUCUCUGAAUACAAUGGCCGAUCGCUUACAGUUGAACUCAAAAGCGCCCAAUCAUACUACUGCCGAGCAUUUCAGCAGUGAGCUGCAGGCGGAAGAGCCUUUUGGUAUAUCUAUUGAUACAACUGGAGAUCUGGCUGCGGUACAAAGAGCUGUGUUGGAGUGGAGAGAGGGCAUUUGUGCUACAUCCAACAAGAUUCUGCGGCCAACGUGA